AUGUCCUCCACAUCGUCGCUUUCAGGACCCAAGGGGUCCGGUCCCUUUUUCCGAUCGGUUCCAUUCCAGAUCCUCGUAGCAUGCGGAGUCUCGUUCACGGCGCCGGGCAUGUGGGAUGCACUUGGAGGACUGGGUGCCGGUGGAGCAGCAGAGCCCUACGCGGUAUCCGCAGCUAAUGCCCUGGUAUACGGACUCUUCGCCAUUGUGUGUGUUGCCGCCGGAGCGAUUAACAAUCGGAUUGGACUCAAGUAUGGACUUGCGCUGGGAGCGAUUGGGUACCCGUUGUAUGGCGCUGGACUGUACACGAACAAUGUGUCGGCGAAUACCUGGUUUAUGCUAUUUGGAUCUGCGCUGUGUGGAAUCAGUGCAGGAUUCUUCUGGGCGGCGGAAGCGGCUAUCAUCAUUGGAUAUCCCUCACCGGGCGACCGCGCUUUCUACCUGGCUAUCUGGCAGACGGCAAAGGCUCUGGGACCGAUUGUCGGCGGAUCCAUCAAUCUGGGCUUGAACGCGAACAAGAAGACUGUGGGCUCAGUGUCCUCGACGACAUACAUUGUCUUCAUCGUCAUCAUGUGUCUGGGUCUCCCUGUCGCACUCUGCCUCAGCCCAGCAGACAAAGUGUGGCGACGCGAUGGUACGCGGAUCGUGGUUGAGCGCGCAGCUACGUGGGGAGCAGAGUUCAAGGCGGUAGGCAAGCAGUUCAUCAGCCGACGUAUCCUGCUGUUGCUGCCUGCCUUUUUCAUCAGUUAUUUCUACAACGGCUUCAUGAGCACCUGGCUCACCACCUACUUCACCGUCCGCUCCCGCGCCUUCUCUAGCUUCUUCACAAACUUUGCCGGAAUCUUCUCGUCAUUCAUCAUUGCGUUUUUGCUCGACAACCAAAAGAUUCACAUCAAGACGCGCGGCCGCAUUGCAUUCUGCGCCAUCGUUACCAUUCUGGUCGGAACUUGGAUCUGGGCGACUAUCCUGCAGAAGCAGUUUUACGACGCCCCCGAGGCACCCGUGUUCGACUGGUUCCGGGGCGGAUUCGGAAAGAGCUAUGCACUCGUCUUCUUCUGGCAGUUUGGCGGUCAGGCAUUCCAGCAGUUUCUGUAUUGGCUCGUUGGACAGUACGCCACGGAUCUUUCCAACCUGAGCCAUCUUACCGGUAUUCUGAGGGGUGUCGAGGCCCUGGGUCAGACUAUUGCUUGGGCUAUGCAAUCCGAAGGCGGCGCUAACCACUUUGUCAGCAUUGGACUCAACUUUGGCAUCACGGUCCUGUGUGUCUUUCCUACAUGGAUUAUCCUCUCCGAACUGGAAAAGAGCCACGAGGUUCAAGUGACGGAGGAUGUAGACGAUACGCUCAAAGUCACUGCAUGA